GCGCUCUUAUAUCACUCAGACAAUUUUUUCCGUCUUUCUCGCACUGAACCUACAGAAAAUAAAGGCUCCGGAAGCAGGCAGGUCCAUCCAUUAACGUCCCUAUUUCACGCGUUAGUUUAGAGCUUCAGUACAUUCCUGAGGCUGUAGGAGGUCGGUGUGUCCGCACCUGUUAGCCUAUCGGUGUUAGAGUGUGUGUGUGUGUGUGUGUGUGUGUGUGUGUGUGUGUGUGUGUGUGUGUGUGUGUGUGUGUGUGUGUGUGUGUGUGACGGAGAGGCUGAGGAGGAGGCUGUCUCGGGUACCGACUUGCACCUCACGAUGGCCGGAAUGAGUUUCCUCUCCUUUCUCCUCUUUUGCUUGACUGCCGUUGCCCAUGGCAACAAAGCUAAUAAACACAAGCCAUGGAUAGAGACCGAGUAUCAAGGUAUUGUCAUGGAGAACGACAACACUGUCCUGUUAAACCCACCUCUGUUCGCCCUGGAUAAAGAUGCUCCUCUUCAUUAUGCAGGCGAGAUCUGUGGCUUCCGAGUACACAAUGGUCCAGGCGGUUCUGGUUCGGCUCAGUUUGAGGCCGUGGUGCUGGACCGCUCCACCGGCGAGGGCCUUGUGCGCUCCAAAGAACCUCUGGACUGUGAGAGCCAGAGGGAGCACAGCUUCACAAUCCAGGCUUACGAUUGUGGAGAAGGUCCUGAUGGCACCAACAGCAAGAAAUCACACAAGGCCACCGUGCACGUGCGUGUGAAUGACGUGAACGAGUUUUCCCCAGUUUUUGUUGAGCGUCGGUAUGAGGCGUCCGUCCCCGAAGGACGUCUUUUCGAUCGCAUUGUACGUGUGGAAGCUCUGGACGCUGACUGCUCACCUCAGUACAGCCAGAUCUGCUUCUACGACAUCAUCACGCCCAACGUCCCAUUUGCAAUCGACAACGAUGGGAACAUUAAGAACACUGAACCUUUAGACUCAAAGAAGCAGCGCGUUCACAGCUUCUGGGUGACUGCAUUUGACUGUGGGAAGAAUCGAGCUCAGGCUGAUGCUCAGGUCGUAGUGACCGUUAAACCUUCCUGCAAACCCGGCUGGAUUGGCUGGUCAAAGCGUGUUGAGUACACGCCUGGUUCAGGCAGCAUCCCACUAUUUCCCAGCCUGCACCUGGAGACCUGUGAGGAGACCGUGUGGAACAUCCAGGCCACUGUGGAGCUUCAGACUGGCCAUAUUGGGAAAGGCUGUGACCGAGAUAGUUACUCUGACCGCUCUGUAAGAAGGCUCUGCGGUGCUGUAAGGGGUGAGGUCGACCUGCUCCCACCACCGUCUCCUGCUGCAAACUGGACAGCCGCACUGCCCACCCUUCCUUCUUCUGACUCGUCUCUGGUAUUUUCUUUCAACGGCUCCACACACGUUGCUGUAGUUCCCGACCCUGUUACCGCGACUGUGCCAGGAGACCACUUCACUCUCCAGCUGUGGAUGCGAAGGGGCGGUGCCAACACUCAGCCACCAGCCAAUCAGGCAAGAGGAGCCCGUAGAGAAGAGGAAACGAUUGUGUGCAGCACUGUGAAAAACGAUGACUCCUAUUCACACUACUCUCUGUCUGUUCAUGGUUGCCGCCUGUCUCUCUUUUACUGGCCGGAUGUCUCAGCUGCGCGGCCAGUUAAAUUUCUCUGGAAGCUUGAACAGGUGUGUGACAGUGAAUGGCAUCACUUGUCUCUUAGUGUGCAGUUCCCUUCCAUCACACUGUAUGUUGAUGGUGUGACUUUUGACCCUGCACUUAUUCAUGACAAUGGAGCCAUCCCUAACCCGGCCCCACAACAGAAGCUGGUGAUUGGAGCAUGUUGGGAGCCAGAGAACAAGCAGAAAGACAUUCUUAACAACAGCAUCCCAGAAGGAAAGAACACAAGGAGGUUUGUGGGUGGUUACCGUGGCUUGUUGUCAGGGGUAACGGUGCGUUCAGGAAGUGUGGAGCCUCACAGUGUGGUGGAGUGUCUGUACGCCUGCAGGGAGGGUCUGGACUUUGGAGAUCUCGAGAGCCUUGGCUCGGGCAUGAAGGUUCACGUAAACCCCAGUCAGUCAGUGCUGGUGUUGGAGGGAGACGACAUCGAGAGCUUCAAUCGAGCGGUCCAGCAGGUGACCUACAGAAACUCUCUGCGGUUUGCUACACCUGGAGUGCGUCCUCUCAAACUCAGCACAUCCCUCAGGUGCUUCAGCGAGGAAGGAUGUCUCUCUCUGCGGCAGCUGGAAGGUUAUCUGGUAGUACUUCAGCCUGACGCUCCUCAGAUCUCUCUCUCAGGCGUAGGACCUCACUUGGCCCGUCCCGCCCCUGAGUUUGAGGCUGUGCACGGAGUGCCUCUGUUUCCUGAACUCCGCAUUGUCUGUUCCCUCUCUCAUGCAGUGAACACUGCUGCCCAGGACAUGGAGGGAGGAGCUCUCAUGUCAGACGCCGUGGCCCACACUCUGGAUGGCUGUGAGGUCCAGCCGUUAGGGGAGGAGCUAAACCCAGAGAAGGAGGAGCUUCUGGUUGACAUGGAGGCACUGAAAGAGAAAGGACUGGACAUCAUCAAUACAACGGCCUACAUCGCCAUCACUGGGGCGGAGUCUAUUUCAGUGUACGAGGACAUCCUGCGUUCUGUUCGUUAUCGUUUAGCAAAAGGCUCUGCCCGCUUCGAGAGGAGAUUCAGGCUGUCCUGUUCAGAAAUGAACGGACGGUACACGAGUAAUGAGCUCACACUGGAGGUAAAUUUCCUGCACUCUUUGGACAGCCUGUAUCACCCGUCACACCUCCUGGCCUCUCAGCAGCAGUUUCUCCAUCCGUCUCAUCACACAGGGGAGCUCAGUGGACAUACACUGCCAAACCCUCACCGCAACUCUGUGGUUCCCGGGGCUGCCACUGUCAUCAUCAUGGUGUGUGUGGGCUUCUUGGUUGUCAUGGUAAUCCUUGGCGUGUUCCGCAUCCGCUCCAUCCAUCAUCGUGGAGAGGGAGCUAGAGGAGCCGGCAAAGAGAGCAGCAACCAAUGGGACGAUUCAGCCCUUACUAUUAUCGUCAACCCUAUGGAGUCCUAUGAGAACCGCAUGGGCAUUGCGGCAGAUACAGAGGGGGAAGGCGACGACGAAGAGGAAGUGGUCGAGUCGCCCGAUGACUCGGCUGACGACCAGCGAAUCAUCAUUAAGAAAGAGGGAAGAGAUUCCGCCCCCCGUCGCUAUUGAGUCAAGCAUAUAAACCGCCACACUCAUGAAAUCUUAACCACGAUAAAGCCCAUUUACAUGAAACAUAAGCACCACACACUUGCAUAUAUUCACACAGCAUAAAUGUAUUUGUAUCAGCCUUUGUGAAUGCAUUGUCUCUGGAAUGUAUGCUCACACACACACACGUGCACACACACACACACACACACACAUACACACGCAAUGCACAUGGCAUAGCAUCUCACAUCAAUGUCCAGUGCUUAGUCCACAUUUCACUCAAGACUCUAUAAAGUAUGUAUGUACGGCACAACGAUGUAAUAACCUUCAGUGAAUGUGAUCAUUGCACUGUAUCAAAGCACCGGGUAUAAUUGCAGACGAAUGUAAGCUAUGUGAUUUUCAUUACGGUAGAAAUCAGUCACUUACAGUCAGUACAGUGAAGUUAAGGUUACAAGUUCAUAUUUUUACAGUAUCACAGCCAUAAUGUGGCUCAUUCAGACAAUGUACAGUUUAAUUCACGAUUUGUCUUUUCUUUCUAUUCUCAAAACAUUCCUGUACAAAUACACUGUUGUAGAUAACGAGUGUGUGGAUAUUAAUAUAAGCUAUAUGCAGGUAACCAACAAAUUCUCUAAAAACACACUCGUCGUAAGCCUGUGUUACAGCACUACCCCCAACCGAAUGAUGGCUCAUCCUGGGCUGUUUUGAUUGUAUUUAAAUGUAUAGAAAUUCAAAUGACUACUAUUAUUAUUAUUAUUAUUAUUAUUAUCAUGAAUUUUUUUUCUUAGUUCCAUUGUUCUGAUCCAUAUUUAGUCUUUGCACUUUAAGAUGGGCUAGCUGUUAUUUUCUAUUUCUAUUUAUCUCUAUAAUGAAUACAGAUGCUGACAGUAUAUAGUGAUGAUGAUAAUAGUAUUAGUAAUAAUAACGGUCAUGAUUGGCUUGUUUAUUUGUGUGUCUAAUUGUGUAAAUGCAAAUUUGUUAACAUUUGAAUCUCGCAAAAGCAGAUGUAUUACAGUUAAAUUCGCUAACUUCUUCACACUCCUCAUCAGAAUUUUCCACUGUCCUUUUCAUCCGUAUUACAGUCUUUCAAUUUGUUGCUGCUUUUCCAACUCUUCUCUCUCAAUCCUCUCCUGCUCACAUUAUCUCCUGUGUGUUUACUCUUCUGUCUGUGUCAGUGUACAGUGCAAAUCCUGUCUCUUAAUAAAAGCCUGUUGUUUUUUUCAAUGUGAUAUGAAGAAUGGAUCGAAUUGCAUAAUUAUAUGAUGUUAUUAUGGUCACUGUUGGAACAUUUAACUGUAUUUAUUAUUGAUGCAGUCACGGAUUAUCGACUGAUUGUUAUUGAAAAUCAACUGAAGAGUACAUUAUGUUGAAAAGUUCAUAAUAAAAACACUCAGAUGACCUCA